AUCCAUCCUUCUUUCAAUUUUUACAAAUUCUCGAAAUGAUAUCUAAAAAAUAUCAUAAAAUAUAAUAGCCACUUGAAGCUUUAUAUAAUGGCUACAGCUGAAGAAUUGAAAAAUCAAGGUAAUCGAUAUUUCACAAACGGAAGAUAUCACGAUGCAAUUUUGUGUUAUAAUCAAGCCAUAAGCAAAAACCCUAAUGUUUCCAAAUAUUACACUAACCGGGCUUUAACCCAUCUCAGGCUAAAAAAAUUGGAGAGUUGCGUGCAAGACAGUGGAAGAGCCCUGGAGUUGGACCCCAAAUGCAUUAAAGCUCACUUUUUUUGCGGACAAGCUUUGUUAGAUCUUGGAAACUUCAACGAAGCUAUCAUCAGCUUACAGAAAGCAUUUAAUCUUUCGCAAGAGCUUAACGUUAAUUUUGGAGACGAUAUAGCCCAAACGCUUAGAAUCGCCAAGGGCAAAAAAUGGAACGAAUUGGAAGCUGAACGCGUCAAGAAUGAGGGAGAACUCGAAAAAUUGCUUAAACGUUUACUUGCCCAGGAUAAAGAGAAGGAAAUCGAAAAAAUUAAAAGCAAGUAUUUACACUCUGACGUCAAAGACAAAUUGGAGCACAAUAUAAUCGAUAUUCAAAACACAUAUAAUAACUAUAUCGAUGAAACGACUACAAUAUUUCAAAAAUUAGACGACAAUCGAAGGAAAAGAGAAGUCCCCGAUCACAUGUGCGGGAAAAUAAGUUUUGAAAUUAUGAAUGACCCUGUUAUAACCCCUAGUGGAAUAACUUACGAGCGAAAGAAUAUAGAGGAACAUUUGCAGCGUGUAGGACACUUUGACCCUAUAACACGUAUACCACUUACCUCCGAUCAACUCAUACCAAAUUUAGCGCUUAAGGAAGUUAUCGAUUCUUAUAUAAUCGAAAAUCCGUGGGUCAUUGAUUACUAAACUGACAAAAUUUAUAUAUAUUAUACUAUUUUAUUCAUAUUUAAUUUAUAUUAAUACAUGUAUGCCAAGAAAUAAUUUAGGGAACACUAUAGUAUUAUAAAAUGUUAUCUUCACACAUAAUUAUGUUUUUUAUGACAGCCUUUUUUUUUAUAUAGCGAUAGCUCUGAUUGACACAUCAAUUAUAAACCAAUUUAUUAAAAUUAUAUCAUUUUUUUUAUACAAACUUAUUGUGAUAUAAUGAUAUUUAAUAAAUCCCCUGUUGGAACCUAAA